AAAACAAGAAAAAAAUGAUAAAUAGAUUAAACAAUCUAUUUAAAACUCAAAUAAAAUUAUAAAAACUCAAUCAAUAUUAUUUUUCAAAUCAUCGUGAAUAAAUGAGCUAUGACGUUCUAAUAGUAGGAGGAGGUCCAGCUGGUCUUUCCGCAGCCAUAAGACUAAAGCAAUUAGAGCUAGAAUACAAUCACCCAAUAUCAGUAUGUUUAAUAGAAAAAGGUUCACAAAUAGGUUCUCAUAUUUUAUCAGGAAAUUGUUUUGAGCCCAAUGCAUUAGAUGAGUUAUUGCCUGGAUGGCGUGGUAUGGAAAAUAGACCACCAGUAAAUACUAGGGUUGUUCAUGAUAAAUUUAUGAUUUUAUUUGAUUAAGAAAAAAGUAUUGAAAUUCCGAAUUUUCUUCUUCCUUCAACUCUCCAUAACCAUAAUAAUUAUAUAAUUUCUCUAGGCGAACUUUGUGUUUGGUUAGGUGAAUAUGCCACUAAUUUAGGAGUCGAUAUUUUCCCCGGAACAGCCGGUGCAGAACUUUUGUAUAAUGAAAAAGGAGCAGUAAUAGGUGUAGCCACAAAAGAUAUGGGAAUAAGUAAAGAAGGAAUAAAAAAGGAAAAUUACACACCUGGAAUAGAACUAUUGGCGAAAUAAACUAUUUUUUCCGAAGGCUGUAGAGGUUCUUUAACAGAAGAAAUCGCACAAAAAUUUAAUUUGAGGGAAAAUAGUGACUCUUAGAUUUAUGGAAUCGGUUUAAAAGAAGUGUGGGAAGUUCCCACAGAAAAAUUUUAAAGCGGGCUUGUUUAGCAUACAGUAGGGUGGCCUUUAGAUAAAUACACUUAUGGAGGAUCUUUUUUAUAUCACAAAGAUCCUAAUUAAAUACAUAUAGGUUAUGUAAUAGGAUUAUAAUAUUAAAACCCUAAUUUAAAUCCUUAUGAGGAAUUCCAAAGGUUCAAAACACAUAAAUAAAUUAGAGAAAUGUUAAAAGGAGGUACUUGUAUUAGUUAUGGAGCAAGGGCAAUUAACGCAGGAGGGUAUUUUUCUAUUCCAAAGUUAAGCUUUCCAGGAGGAGUUUUAAUAGGAUGUGGGGCUGGGUUUUUAAAUGUGGCUAAAAUUAAAGGAACUCACAAUGCUAUGAAGUCAGGGAUGGUUGCGGGUGAGAAUAUAUAUAAAAGCAUUGCUUUAGAGGACUGUUAGUAAGGUUUGGAAAUAAAAAAUUAUCAAAAAGAUAUGGAAAAUUCAUGGGUUUAUAAAGAGUUAUAUGAUUUUAGGAAUACCAAAAAUGCUUUUAAGUAUGGACUUUAUCCAGGAUUGGCUUUAAAUGGAUUUUAGUGCAAUAUUACGAAAGGUAAAGAACCGUGGAAUUUGAGAAAUAAAAUUAAAGAUAGCGAAUAGUUUAAGGAAAAUUAAAAGCCUAUUCAUUAUCCAAAAAAAGACGGGGUUUUAACUUUUGAUUUGUUGGAAAAUCUUACAAGAAGUGGAACUUAUCAUGAUCAUGAUUAACCGUCUCAUUUAAAAAUUAAGAAAGGUAAAGAAGAUGUAGCCAUUGAAAAGUCUCUUAAAAAGUAUGGAGGACCUGAAAGUAAAUUUUGCCCUGCAGGUGUUUAUGAGUUUGUUUAAGAUGAAAAAGGUGAACCCAAAUUAUAAAUAAAUGCUUAAAAUUGUAUUCAUUGUAAAACAUGCUCUAUAAAAAUGGUUGAAGAAUAUAUUAAUUGGACGAUACCUGAAGGUAGUGGCGGACCUAAUUAUAAUGGAAUGUGA